AACCCGAGGACUGUGGAUACAUAGGGUCCUUAAGCUUGCUAAAGUCACGAUCAAUAUCAGAUGCUUGGACAACAUGCAGUGAUCUUUCUCUGUGUCGCGCAGUAUACCCAAAAUGUUAAAAUAUUCAGCAAUUAAGUAAAUGAGAAGAUAGCCCAAAGAUUCAUGUCAGCUGAACAUUAUGCCGAUGUUAGAAUGUAGGGACUCUCGCUUCAGCACAAUAUUCUUAACCACUGACAAUAAAGGACAAAAUUGAUGUUGUUAUCUUCGUUAUGGACUCAGCCCUGCGGUUGUUCGGUAAGAAGUUGAUCCCCACCAGUCGUCUGGUGGCCUCUAGCCAUGUCCUCCACAACACCAUCCCCACCCAGGACUGUGAUGUCAUCGUCACGUUCCCUUCCGACACGGACACCACCACACUCAUGUGGAUCCUUGACCGACUAAGAGCCCGCUCCCCAUACCUAGUCAUCCAUAUUCGUCACCAUAGCAACACCAAGGGGUCCAUGUUUCAUCUGACUGCGACAUAUGAAGGGCUUCUUAGAGGAGCAGAAGAGCUGGGAAUUCAGAAACUUCUUAAGGAAGACUUGGGAGGAGGAAUGAAGGAAUUCACUUUCGAGGAGCAGGAAUGCUUUUACAACAUAGAAGAUGAGAACCAGUUUUUCAGUAGUCAGGAGAGACAAAGCAUUAUACACCACCUUCUGGACAACUUGAGAGCUAUCAAGGGGGAGCAACUUGGGAAAGUGAAAUUUGUAGAGGGUCAAUCCAUUGUUCCUGUGCUGCAGUCCAAUAAGAUUAUCUCUGAGGUGUUCCCCCUUCACUGUACCCAGUCUAUAGAGGAACUGAGGAAAGACUGGGUCCAGGCCUUCUUCUCUCCCCAGCCUCUGGACAAGAUCAAGGAUUACUUUGGUGUGAAGAUCGCCCUGUACUUUGCCUACCUGGGACAUUACACUCUGGCCCUGUGUAUGCCGGCCUUUGUUGGGCUGGGGAUCUGGAUCACUCAGUGGCAGGCUGACCAGGAGUGGGAUGAUGAACUCUUCAUUGGUUUCGCUUUGUUCAAUGCUUUUUGGGCCACCCUGUACCUGGAGCAUUGGAAGAGGAAGAGUUGUGAGCUGGCCUAUCAUUGGGGGACCCUGGACUCCCAAAGGGAGAUGCUGAAGGACCCCCGCCCCCUCUACACAGGUCGCCUCGAGGUGAGCUCAGUGACCGGCCGACUGGAGCCAUACUACCCGUCCUGGAAGAGGAACCUUUUCCGAUACUUCAUCUCCUACCCCGUCAUCCUAAUCUGUCUCCUCUUUGUGUUCAUCACCAUGCUAUUGAUAUUUGAGGUCCAGGAGUGGAUUAACUCCCUUGUAAAGAGUGGGGAUGUUCCAGGGUUUUUCUCUUUCCUUCCAAAGAUCUUGCUGGCAGUAUGUAUUGGAAUUCUAGAUGAAAUAUACAAAACUAUAGCAAAGUGGCUGAAUGAUUGGGAAAAUUACAGAAUGGAAGAAACUUAUUGGAAUCACCUGAUUGUCAAACUGGUGUUGUUUCAGUUUGUGAACUCUUUCCUGUCUCUUUUCUACAUUGCUUUUUACUUACGAGAUAUGGAUAGACUCUGUGAUUGUUAUCAGAGUAUCCUUUCUCCUCAGCAACUGGCAGCUAUUUUGAUCACACGUCAGAUCAUAGGGAACCUUAAGGAGGCAUUUCUACCUUACUUCCAGUGGAAAGCUAAACUGUACAAGGUGGGCUAUGAAAUGACUAAAGAUCUCAUCACUCCUGAUAAUCCGUCUCAACAAUUCACAGACUCCCCGAGUUCAGAAUUUUCCAAAUCUCCUGGAAAUGAUGCAGAGUUAUCUUCUCCUGAUGGAUCAAACAUGGAGCAGUGUAAUUCUGUGGACGGAGAAUCUAUAGAGGUGGACGGCGUCACAGAUUCUUGUGGGGUCAGGCAGAGAGGAGCCACUGAGGGAGAAAAUCAGAAAACUAAGGAGAAUUCUCAGACCAAAUCUACAAAGCCUCUCUCACUCACUCAGGCUGAGGUGGAAAGUGCCAUGAAACAGUAUGAGGACACACUGGAUGACUACCUGGAGAUGUUCAUUCAGUUUGGCUACGUGACCCUCUUCUCCUCGGCCUUUCCUCUGGCCGCCUUCUGUGCUCUGUUGAACAAUGUGGUAGAGAUCAGGAGUGAUGCCUUCAAACUCUGUAUGACUUAUCAGAGACCGUUCGGGAAAACUGUGGAAAACAUAGGAACGUGGCAGGAUGCCCUGGAGCUGAUGGGGGUGAUAGCCAUCAUAGUGAACUGUGCCCUCAUUGGGGUGUCCGGACAGGUCCAGAGGAUAAUUCCUGGAGCCUCCCGGGAAAUGGUCAUCAUUAUCAUUGUAUUGUUAGAGCAUAUCAUUUUGGGACUGAAGUUCCUCAUAGCCUAUGCCAUUCCAGAUAUUCCAGAAACCAUAGAAACCAACAGAGCCAAACUAGAAUUUUUACGGAGAGAGGCACUGAAGAAAUUUGAGUCAGAAAUGCAGUCCAUAGCUCCUAGCAGUGCAGCAGAAAUCAGGGAAAAAAUCUUGGCGCGACAAAAGUCUCGACGUGAAAAUUUGCAUCAUAACGAGACAAAGCAAGAAACAUCUGCCGUGAAUUCAGCCAAAAGUAGUGACAUGGUUCCUGAAGCAAAUGUCUGUGAGAAAGAGGCAGUGCUGUGAGGAUCGAGAGAAGGAUAUAUUUUUCUGAUAUCAAUUUGUUUUACAUUAUCACCUACCAUCUAAACAUGUACCAUGGGGUUUGGUAUUUUUUAUGAAAAAAAAUUGUUACAUGAAAUUUAUGAUCUUAUUCUAAUAUGAUGAAAGAUUCUUGUACUGAAUGUUUAAUUCUUAGUAAUGGACAUCUAUGUGGUCUUAUUACUAUAGUGACCUGAUAUAAUUUAGUCCCAUCAACAUGUACCGGCACUUACUGCAUUGCAUUACAAUUUGUUAUUAUGCAUAAAGCAAAUUACAAGGUAGCGAAACUGUGUUCAGAAUUGAAAGAAUUUUAUUUAUAAAGUGUUAAUAAAUUCAAACAGCAUCAUAAAAAAUAUUCUGAAAUAUAAAAAUAUAUUUACAUGGCAAGCACACAACAAAAGAGGAAAGAAAAAGAGGAAUGACACAGUGUAAAAAGAGAAGAUAUAGUAUUAUUGACCAGUACUUAUAGACUUAGAUCAAUGAUAAUUUGAUUUGCAUCUAGUGAAGGUCUUGAACAUCUGUCAAAUGCUUCAUUUCUGGUUUUUAUUUUGGUGUAAGACUAAUAUUUUUUGUGCUUUGUUAUUUUUCUCUCAUCAUAUCGUCUAUAUCUUACAACUUUGUUCCUUAUCAGGGUUUUUAAUUCUUUAUUUGAAAUUGGGGAGUCUGGGUUUUUUUUCUCCAUUUUUUGUGCAGCCUGUGUUCCUUUUGUUGAAUUCUUUAUAUGUGGAUAUACCAGUACAUAUCAGUUCCACUCAACAUAAGAAAGCAAAUCAUUAGCUUCCAACACAUCCAACUGUGUGCAAUGAUCCAGUGAUGAUGGAUCACUUUAAAGUAAUAUAUUUGAGAUUACUUUUUUUUCUUUUUAUGAUACAAUUGCUUUUAGGAUAGAUGCUUUUAACUGGAAUUUCAUGUAAAAAAAAAUUCUGUUCUCACAAUACCUGUAAUUGUUUGAUACAUUGGUGAUGUAUAAUAUACAUUUACAUCAGCAAUAUUGUUUCCCAGCAAUGAUGCAAAGAUUGCUUAUUGAUCAGCAUUAUUUUGCUAAGUUUUGUACAUAUUUUAAGCCAGUUGCAAUAUUUAUGGUUUUGCAUAAUUGUGUAUACAUGAAUACGCUAUCCUGUACCAGAGUAUAAUUAUAUACAUUUUAUUUGUAUCUAGGUAAAUUUUAAUCAUUUUUUAAAACAUAAUUGAUAAAUUUUGUCAGACCUAUCUAAAACAUGCAAGUAUUGUACUUUGAGCAUGUUAUUAUGGGAAGAUGGAGUUGAUGACCAUGUUCAAUACAUGUAUAUGAUUUUUCAUUCAAAAUCAAACCCCAGAAAUGUUCUGAAGUACAGUAAAACACGGUUAUAGCGAACACGCUUUUAAUGAAUUGACGCUUACAGCGAAGUGAAUUUCAUUCCCCAAGUCUCUAUUUCAUGUUGUAAACUUGACGGAUAUAACGAAUUACGCUUGUAACGAAGUUAAAUUGGCCGUCAAUGGGACUUCGUUAUAACCGUGUUUUACUGUAUAUACACCAUGUGUUGCUGUUUGCCUGAUGACCCUUUCAUUUUUCUAUCUGUAUUUUUGUUCUUCAACUAAUGAUAUUUAAGAGGUUUUAGUGUAGAUUUAUUUUUAUUUACUCUUAAUUUGAAGGUUGAAGCUUUUUACUUACAUGUAACAAUUAAUGUUUGAAAUGAAGUAAAAGAAAAGCCCCAAAGAUUCUUCCUGUUUGGUUUUUGUUUCUGUGUGUUAUUAUACGUCAAUCAUAAUUCCUUAUGCUGAAUGUAUUUCUUUUAUUAUUGAUUAAUCUGUACAAUGUAUUUUUUUUUUAUCUCAGGCUAAAAAAUGUGCACUUCUUUAUACUGUAUACAUAACUUCUUCCAAAAUUGUGCAAUACAUUUACAUUGCUACAAAUUGUAGGGAUUUACCUUUUUCCAAGUGAUUUGGAAUCACUUUAAAAUAAUAUAUUUGUUGAGAUUAUCAUUUCUUCUGUUUUAUGUCACAUGAAUCAAUUUUAUGAUCAAUACCUUAACUGGAAACUCAUGAAGUAUGUUUAUCUUUUUUUACAAUAAUCAUUUGAUUCAUCGGUGACGUAUCAUAUACAUUUUAUUUUAUACCUUGUUAUGUUGAUGGUUUGUUUUGGAAUUUUUUUUUACCUUUUUCUUUUGAAUACACACACAUUUACAAUUAUGAAA